AUGGCAGAUGACGCGCAAGACGAUGUGAGGGAGAGGCGGCGGCAGCGCCAGCGCCGUGGGCUGCUGCCCCCAGAGCUUGUCGACCUCACGGGACCGCCCUUGAAAGUUGGCGCCCUGACUGGCUCCAUUGGUCUGUUCAGUGGUAUUGCUGCUGGUAUCAUUCGCGACUCAACCCCAGCCCUGUUUGCGAUAGCAUCAGGCAUCCAAUGGUUUGCCCUCGGCUCCAGUUACUGGCUCUCUAGGUCAGUAGCUUUGAAUUACCUGGGCCGUGAGGGUCAACUAUCCGACUCAUCCAAGGUCAAAGCCAGUGCUGUUGCUGGAGGCACUGCUGGCAUGGUUGGCGGCCUUAUCCGUGGUCCCAAGAACAUCAUCCCUGGUAUCAUCGUGUUCUCAAUCGUGGGUGGAGCAGGCCAAGCCAUCGUCAACAGGACACAACAAGUGUCUCCGGAUGCCAAGGAGAAGAAGAGCUUCUUCGAAUCAAGUUGGAGCCCGCUCAAGAAGCUGUCGGACGACGAGUACCGCGACAUGCUUGAUGAGAAGAUGCUCAAGAUUGAUGCCGAGAUCGCCCUCAUUGACGACAAGAUUGCCGAGCUGCGGGCUGCUAAGGCAGCGGAGCCUCCAUCCAAGCCAUCAAGUCCUAAGGCCUAG